AACAGAUAAGAGAGAUCAAAACAGGUAUUCAGGCUGUGUAGUUUUGGGCAAAGGAACAAAAGGAUACAGCAUUCCACAAAGAGUUUAAGCUAUCAUAUGUUAAGUUUAAAAAUAACUUAAUUGAAGCCAUUACCUUAUCAAAAAAUCUACUGAGCUUGACAGCAUUGGAGGAGCCUGCUGCUGAAGACCGUGGGUUUGUGCAAUCCUGGAAAACAAAGGGGGCACAGAGAAACCAGGAAGGGAAGCUCCAGCGCAACCAAUCCCACCGUACCUUUCCGAACUCUCAGAAAAUACAAGGCGAUAUUCGGACGGUGAUGCACGAACAGGAAAGCACCAGCGAAGGUAUCAGCUUCAAAAUUUUUCAACGUAGAGGCAGAAAGUGGAUUUGAAGCUCAGUAUAUGGAAAACCCAGGGGCACAUGAAAUGCAGCUCCAGCCUUCAUGAAAGACUGAUUUAAGCCUGUGUCUAUUUCCUGGCUGCUCGGUCAUUCUAUUUGGUUUGUGCCAGUUAAAUGUAAUCACAUGUUCAAAGAUAAAGGUAGUCCUUGCCCCUCAUUAAGGAAACGUUGCGGCAGACAGAAAGCAUUACAGAAACCCACAACCAAGCAAAAUCCAGAGCUGUGGAGCCCAGUCCCAGUGGAUACAUCUACAAAACACUCCUGCGCCAUAAUAAUGUUCAGAGAACAGGACGGAAGAAGGGGUGGAAAGACUGUAAGAGCCGGAGGAUGGGGAGUCUGCUGUGAGAUUGUGACUCCUAGUGAUCUCAGAAGCUACACCCGUGAAGUCCCACCAAUAUGAGUGCCCAAACAUGAGCUGAACAAGGAUGACACCAACGAACACACCACACUGGACGGGGGAAAAACCCGUGAGGCCUUACCCCUACACCAAGAACUACAGAAAAGGAGUUGAAGUUGAAGCUUGCUGUUGAAGAUGGCAGACCCAGAUGUCCUCACCGAGGUUCCAGCAGCAUUGAAACGGCUAGCCAAGUAUGUCAUCCGGGGCUUCUACGGCAUUGAGCAUGUGUUGGCUUUGGACAUCUUGAUCCGCAACCCUUGUGUAAAGGAAGAGGACAUGCUGGAGCUGCUCAAAUUUGAUCGGAAGCAGCUUCGGUCUGUUUUGAACAACUUGAAGGGAGACAAGUUCAUCAAGUGCAGAAUGAGGGUAGAGACGGCUGCAGAUGGGAAAACCACGCGCCAUAACUACUACUUCAUCAACUACCGCACUCUUGUUAAUGUCGUCAAAUACAAACUGGACCACAUGAGAAGGAGGAUUGAGACGGAUGAGAGAAAUUCCACCAAUCGGGCUUCCUUCAAAUGUCCUGUCUGUUGCAGUACUUUCACGGACCUAGAAGCUAAUCAGCUGUUUGACCCUAUGACAGGAACUUUCCGCUGUACCUUUUGCCACACUGAGGUAGAAGAAGAUGAAUCAGCAAUGCCCAAAAAAGAUGCUCGCACACUUUUGGCAAGAUUUAAUGAACAAAUUGAGCCGAUUUAUGCAUUGCUUCGGGAGACAGAGGAUGUAAACUUGGCCUAUGAGAUACUUGAACCAGAACCCACAGAAAUCCCGGCCCUGAAGCAGAGCAAGGACCGAGCAGCCAGUACUGCUGGGGCUGCCGGCCUGGCAGGCGGGCACCACCGGGAAGCAUGGACCAGCAAAGGCCCCUCUUAUGAGGACUUAUACACUCAGAAUGUGGUCAUUAAUAUGGAUGACCAAGAUGAUGUUCAUCGCACCUCGCUGGAGGGGAAAUCUGCCAAAGAGAGGCCCAUUUGGUUGAGAGAGAGCACUGUUCAAGGGGCGUAUGGUUCUGAAGAGAUGAAGGAAGUUCCAGGUGGCAUCGAUGUGGACACAUUUCAGGAGCGUGAGGAAGCCCACGCAGGGCCUGAUGACAAUGAGGAGGUCAUGCGAGCUCUACUCAUUCAUGAGAAAAAGACUUCCUCAGCAACAGCCGGCUCGGUGGGAGCAUCCGCUCCAGUGACUGCUGCCAAUGGCAGUGACUCGGAGAGCGAGACCAGUGAGUCGGAUGAUGACUCCCCACCCCGGCCAGCAGCUGUGGCUACCCAUCAUCGGGAUGAGGACGAGGAAGACGAUGAAUUUGAGGAAGUAGCUGAUGACCCCAUUGUUAUGGUGGCUGGCUGUCCAUUCUCCUACAGUGAAGUUAGCCAGCGUCCAGAGCUGGUAGCCCAGAUGACGCCGGAGGAAAAGGAGGCAUACAUAGCCAUGGGUCAGCGGAUGUUUGAGGACCUCUUUGAGUGAGCUUUCCUGCUCUCUCCUCCAUUAGCUCAUUUCAGAGAGAAAUUCCCCACAAGUGCUUAAGUGGCUUCCUGCCCUCCUGAUGUAAAGCACCUGUUAAUCUAGUACAAAAGCAUAGCAGGAGAGAAAGGUUGAUUUUUAGUUUUUCUAAAUGUCAGAAACUUCCAAGAAAGGUAGGUGGGCUAUGAGUAUUCCUUCCCUCUUAUUACUAAAGUAUUAAUAUUUUUCCAUAAUUCCUUAUCUUCAUUUUUAGGACAUAUUUUUCUCACUCAAACUAAAAUGUUCCUGUCUACCUACAGACCCCUCUUAGGAUAAUCUUAUCCUAAUAUAACUGUUUUCUGGUCAAGCAUUUGAAACAAUUUCUUGUAGUUCUGCAACCAAAGCAGUUUACCAAGAAGCAGAUGCUGCUUAGGGGAACCCCAAAUACUUCAUAUUUCCUCCCAUUUGAGUUUGGGGUCAACCUGUAAAAGGGGUGAGAGCACAGAAGAGAGAAAGAGAAGUUAGAGGGGAGGACGCACACAUGUCCAGAGUUACAGAGAACAGCAGGCAGCCAUGCUCUCCUGGAGAAGUUAGCGGAGAGCGUGCACACACAAGGGUAAGGAGGCUGUGUCCAGGACUGAAGAACUGAGAGUGUGGGGACAGCGCCCUACAACUGCUCCAGUAUGAUUUUUACAUCUCCAUGUUUAGCUGAGCCUGGUCCCACUUCCCUCCUGUUCUCUAGGCCUUGGCCAGUGCUCUUAAUUAGGGAGCUGUUCCAGUAGAAAGCAGUAGAAUGGCUGAUUACGCCACUCUCCCUCACUCUCUUCUCAACACCAUCAAAGCCUGUGUCUCUCAUUUGAGUCUUACAGACAUCGUAUCCUAGUGCUGCCCCUGUGUCAUUGAGCAUUGUGACCUCAAGGAACAUAGGCAUGUUAGCAUGGUGUUAUUCCUCAAGGCAGAACUUUCAAAGUAAAGGACUCUCAUAUAAGGUCUACAACAAUUACAUCUUAUAGUAUUUCCCCUUGCAUUGUGACUUUUAAUUAUUGUUUUGUAGUAUAUGUGUGAAGCGAAGAGCAUUUUAGAGUAUCUGAGCCUUGUAUAAAGUGCUGAUUCAUUUACCUGGUUGUUGGAUGACUGAAUAUUGAGUCGACUUAUUAUUGUUUAAAAUUUGUUCAUUUCUAGCUCUGACAUUUUGGAACAUAGCUAGAAUGACUCCUUCCCAUUUAAAGAUGUCAGAGACUUCUGGUCAUCAUCUAAUAUCAUAGGUGCGAUUGGAUGCUAUUGCAACUCUUUCGGAAGGGGGCAAUGAAUUGCCUUAAAAUACCUUUAAUGUAUUUAUCUUAAAUACAUGAACUGUUCAACUUUUAAAUUUUGUUUUUUUAAGCUUUCAUGGUUCUAGAAAUGUUAAUUUUUAAACCAUGAUUAAUGUUGAAACUAUGUUCUUCGUUGCAUUUUAUAUGAGUAUGUGUAUGAGUGUGCUUUUCUAUUGUGGAAAAUGUAUUAAUAAAGGCACUGACUAAAGCAGUGUUUGAAUUAGA